CCUGUCUGCAUCUCGACAUCACAACCCUCCCCGAACCAGACAAUCAACAUGGCAGAUACAAUCAAAAUCGAUGUUGAAUUCACUGGCGGCUUAGAACUGCUUUUUUCAAAUCAAAGAAAUCACAAAGUCUCGCUUCCAGCACAAGACCAAGAUGGAAAACCAGCCAACAUUGCCUUUUUGAUCAAGCAUUUGUGCGAACAUCUCAUGACUGAUCAAAAGAAAGAGCUUUUUCUCCUGGAUGAAUCUGUUCGCCCAGGUAUUCUCGUCCUCAUCAAUGAUGCAGAUUGGGAGCUCGAGGGCGAAGAUCAAUAUGAGCUCCAACCAAGAGAUCAGAUCGUCUUUGUCUCUACUUUACAUGGCGGAUAGGCCUCUAUUUCGUUGAUUGUACUGUCCGCGGGUCCCUCGGUGUCGGCGUCUGUUCCAGCCGCGAUUCAUAACAUCGCUGUCGGUCGGACCAGGACCCUUGAAUCUAUCACCGAGGCGCUAGAAGAUAUGUCAUGAAUAUGACCGGAGCGCCCUGCAGCCGGGAGAAACAGGACCCGGACAGCCUUUCUCACUCACGAAAGGAGUCACCGUCAGCGCAUUUCGCAAGCAGAUCCCAAAUGGACGGAACGAUGUUCGUCCGCAAAGAAAAGAAUCGAACGUUUGAAUCGUGCCCUAUCAUUAAGCUUCAAUUAGCCAG